UAGGCGGGACAGGGCUGCUCACCUCAACAUGAACCACUAUGCCAACAAGAAGAGUGCAGCAGAAAGCUUGCUGGAUGUGGCUCUGCUCAUGGCGAACGCCUCCCAGCUGAAGGCUGUUCUGGAGCAAGGGCCAGCCGUCUCCCUCUACACCCCCCUCAUCGCCCUCACCAGCAUCUCCCUCUGCCUGCAGGUCACUGUGGGGGUUCUGCUCAUCUUCAUCGUACGGUGGAACCUAAAUGAUGAAAGCAAACACUUCAGAUUAAACCUGAUGGAGAACCUGUCCACAUGCAUGGUCUUCAUCAUAGUGGUGGUCAAUGUCUUCAUCACAGCCUUCGGAGUUCAGAGACCAAACCAGAGCGGUUGACCCACUUAGAGCU